AUGUAUGGCAUGAACGCAAACUACGACGCCACGGCGAAUAGGGAUGGCGUCCCUGUCACUACUCGAAAACCAACCCACGAGAAUGAAAUUGAGGCCGCCGUCAACAACGAUCCGACCAAGACUGAGGCUACUUCCAUGACCGAAGGCCACGAUGACGAGCAGGGGGCAUCACCUGCCACAUCUCUGGGCAAAGAGGACGACUGUAUCAAGGCAGAAAUGGUUCGUCGCUCAUCCGUUGUCCAGGCUCUUGCACGAUCCUACUCGCGAACCUCCGCAGCUGUCGUUCCCGGACAGAACCCUUUCUUCGCCGAGGAGGACUCUCCUCUAAAUCCAAAUUCACCCAAAUUCAGCGGCAGGGAGUGGGCAAAGGCCAUUGUUGAACUCGUGUCGCAGGACGGCAAAUCAUUUCGCUCCUCAGGCGUCUGCUUCCAGAACCUCAAUGUUCACGGUUUCGGCGCCGCAACCGACUACCAAAAAGACGUCGCCAACGUCUGGUUGUCGGCGGCUGGUGUUGCUCGCCAGCUUACUGGCAGCGGCAAGCAGCGCAUCGACAUUCUACGCAAUUUUGAUGGCCUGGUUCGUAAGGGAGAGAUGCUCGUGGUCCUGGGACCCCCGGGAUCUGGCUGCUCCACCUUUCUCAAGACUAUCGCUGGUGAGAUGAACGGUAUCUUCGUUGAAGACGAUUCUUAUUUCAAUUAUCAAGGCAUCUCGGCCAAGGAAAUGCACACCAGGCAUCGCGGCGAGGCAAUCUACACGGCAGAAGUUGAUGUCCACUUCCCCCAAUUGUCUGUUGGUGAUACCCUCACCUUCGCCGCACGGGCCCGUCAACCUCGACAUCUACCUGAGGGACUCAACAGGAAUGAUUUCGCCAACCAUCUACGUGAUGUUGUCAUGGCCAUGUUUGGCAUAUCGCAUACCAUGAACACGCGUGUCGGUAAUGAGUAUAUCCGUGGUGUAUCUGGGGGUGAACGAAAGCGUGUGACCAUCUCUGAGGCUGCCCUCUCUGGCGCUCCCCUGCAAUGUUGGGACAAUUCGACUCGAGGUCUUGACUCCGCAAAUGCUAUUGAGUUCUGUCGCACCCUCCGUCUGCAAACUGAGCUGUUUAGUAGCACAGCUUGUGUCUCCAUCUACCAGGCGCCUCAAACGGCCUAUGACCUUUUUGACAAGGCUGUCGUGUUAUAUGAGGGUCGACAGAUCUUCUUUGGGCGGGCCGACGAGGCAAAACAAUACUUUAUAAACUUGGGCUUCGAAUGUCCUGCUCGUCAGACUACUCCCGACUUCCUCACCUCCAUGACCUCAUCUCUAGAGCGCAUUGUCCGUCCCGGUUUUGAAGGCAAGGCACCUCGCACACCGGAUGAGUUUGCUACUGCCUGGAAGAACAGCGCCGAAUAUAGGGCUCUGCAGGUGGAAAUCGAAGAGUACAAGGAAGCCCACCCCGUGGGAGGCCCUGAUGCAGAGGCUUUCCGUGCCUCCAAGCGCGCACAACAAGCCAAAGGCCAGCGCAAAAAGUCACCCUUUACUCUCUCCUAUUUCCAACAGAUCAAGCUUUGUUUGUGGCGUGGUUGGAAGCGCCUUGUUGGCGAUCCAAGUUUAACUGUUGGUGCUCUUAUUGGAAAUCUCAUCAUGGCCCUCAUUAUUGGCAGUGUUUUCUACAACCUGGAUGAUACCUCGUCCAGUUUCUUCCAACGUGGCGCAUUGCUCUUCUUCGCAUGCUUGAUGAACGCUUUUGCAUCUGCUCUUGAGAUUCUUACACUUUACGCACAACGGCCCAUCGUCGAGAAACACGCUCGUUAUGCGCUCUAUCACCCCUCAGCCGAAGCAAUCGCUUCCAUGCUUUGCGAUAUGCCGUACAAGAUAAUAAACUCAAUCAUUUUUAACAUAACACUCUAUUUCAUGACCAAUCUCCGGCGAGAACCAGGCCCCUUCUUUUUCUUCUUGCUUAUAAGUUUCUCAACGGUCAUGGUCAUGUCUAUGAUCUUUCGAACGAUUGCUUCUGCCUCCCGAACCCUGUUUCAGGCUCUGGUACCUGCGGCUAUUCUCAUUCUCGACCUCGUUAUUUUCACUGGAUUUGUACUGCCAAAGCAGUACAUGCUCGGAUGGUGCCGCUGGUUGAGCUACAUCGACCCUCUUGGCUAUGCGUUUGAGGCUCUUAUGGUCAACGAAUUCCAUGAUCGCGAGUUCAAGUGCACGGAGUAUGUGCCCACCUCCAAGGCGCCUUUCGCUGGUGCCGCCCAUUUUCUCACAAAAUACGCCAAUGUGGACCCUGAAAACCAGAUCUGUUCUCAGGUUGGCGCUGUUGCGGGAAAUCCAAACGUCAACGGAGACGCUUACACCAGCUCCAACUUUGACUAUGACUGGAAUCAUCGCUGGCGCAAUUUUGGCAUCGUCAUGGCUUUCACCGCUUUCUUCCUUAUUUGCUACAUGGUCGCUGCUGAGCUCGUUUCCGAGAAGAAGUCUAAAGGUGAAGUUCUAGUUUACCGUCGAGGACACAAGCCGGCUGCAGCUGCAGAAGCCGAGAAGCGACACAACGACCCAGAAGCUGCAAUGGCCAACAUUGGCCCAAUUGUCACUGCCGAGAAAAGUCGUGGACAGGGCAAGGAGGGUGGUAUUCUUCAACAGCAGACUUCCGUUUUCCAGUGGCAUGAUGUUUGCUAUGAGGUCAAGAUCAAGGGCGAGACUCGAAAAAUUCUGGACCACGUGGAUGGAUGGGUCAAGCCUGGUACUCUAACCGCGCUCAUGGGCGUGUCCGGUGCCGGUAAGACUACUCUUCUAGAUUGUUUAGCGGAUAGAACCUCCAUGGGUGUUAUUACUGGAGAGAUGCUCGUGGAUGGACGGCCACGCGAUAUGUCCUUCCAGCGCAAGACUGGCUACGUUCAGCAGCAAGAUUUGCACUUGCAGACUACUACUGUCCGCGAGGCACUGAACUUCAGUGCUCUUCUCCGCCAACCGGCUCACGUCCCUAAGAAAGAAAAAUUGGCCUAUGUUGAGGAAGUUAUCAAGCUUUUGGAUAUGACUGAAUAUGCCGAUGCUGUCGUCGGUGUUCCAGGCGAAGGUCUUAACGUUGAACAGCGUAAGCGUCUUACCAUUGGUGUUGAACUUGCUGCCAAGCCUCCUCUGUUACUCUUCGUCGACGAGCCUACUUCUGGCCUGGAUUCCCAAACCUCGUGGGCCAUUCUCGAUCUCCUGGAGAAGCUUACCAAGGCCGGUCAAGCUGUUCUCUGCACUAUCCACCAGCCUUCCGCGAUGCUGUUCCAGCGAUUUGACCGACUUCUCUUCUUGGCCAAGGGUGGGAAGACUGUGUACUUUGGCGAUAUCGGCGAGAACUCCAAGACCAUGACGAGCUACUUUGAACGCAACGGCGGACACCCUUGCCCCGAGGAAGCUAACCCUGCGGAGUGGAUGUUGGAAGUCAUUGGUGCCGCUCCUGGAUCAACUACUGACAUUGACUGGUUCCAAACGUGGCGGGACAGCCCCGAGUAUAAAGCUGUUCAAAAUGAACUCGACACAAUCAAGGCAGAGAAGCAGGCCAGCACCCCGGUCAACGCUAUUGAAGAGGACCCAGGCAGAUACCGCGAAUUUGCCGCCCCUUUCAUGGUCCAGCUCAAGGAGAAUAUCUAUCGGGUCUUUCAACAGUACUGGCGAACACCCGUAUACAUCUAUGCCAAGACUGCUCUUUGCACUCUCGUCGCCCUGUUCAUCGGCUUCAUCUUCUUCAAGGCCCCUAACAGUAAACAGGGCCUCCAGAACCAAAUGUUUGCGAUUUUCCAGCUCCUCACCGUAUUUGGUCAAAUUGUGCAGCAGUCCAUGCCCCAGUUUAUCAUUCAACGAUCUCUGUACGAGGCUCGUGAACGUCCGUCCAAGGUCUACUCUUGGAAGGUCUUUAUGCUUUCUCAAAUCAUUGUCGAACUCCCUUGUAACUCCUUAAUGGCCGUCAUCAUGUACUUCUGCUGGUAUUACCCUGUUGGUCUAUACCGCAACGCCAUACCGACGCAUGCCGUGGCCGAGCGUGGUGCCCUCAUGUUCCUCUUUCUGCUGAUGUUCAUGCUCUUCACCGGUACCUUUUCGACCUUUAUUGUUGCCGGAUUUGAGACUGCCGAGGCCGGUGGCAAUCUGGCUAAUUUGUUGUUUACGCUUUGCUUGAUUUUCUGCGGUGUCCUCGCCACCCCUGAAACACUGCCGCGAUUCUGGAUCUUUAUGUACCGCGUCUCACCGUUUACAUACCUCGUAUCAGGCAUGUUAUCUACAGGUGUAGCCAACACCAAAGUAAUCUGCGCAGCCAACGAACUGCUCAGUUUCGAGCCUCCCUCCAACCAGACCUGCUGGCAGUACAUGGAGGACUACAUUAAUGUCUUUGGCGGCGAGCUCACGAACCCCAACACCACAUCGACCUGCGAGUUUUGCACCAUCAGCGACACCAAUGUUUUCCUCGCCGGCGUCAGCAGCAACUACGGCGAUCGCUGGCGCAACUUUGGUCUGCUCUGGGUCUUUGUCAUUUUCAACAUAGGCGCCGCCCUGUUUGUGUACUGGCUCGCUCGUGUACCCAAGAACAAGCUCGGUGGUAAGAAGGCGAAGAAGGAGUAA